AUGAAGUCCUUCGCUCUCGCUACCGUUGCCCUCUUCGCCGCCGUCGCGGCCAAGCCCGUCCAGCGCCGUGACCUCGUCACCGUCACCGAGGUUGAGUGGGUGACCAAGUACGAGACCGUCACCGAAAUCGUCGACGUGAGCACCACCCUCUACGUCACGCCUGGCCAGUCCGUCCCUACCGCCGAGGCUACCAUCCUCCCUGAGCCGUCGAAUGGCCAAUUCUUUGAGACUGCCUCGCAGGCGCCUGCGCCUGAGCAGCCCGAGCAGACCCCCGUUGCUGCUCCUCCGGCUCCUCCUCCGGCUCCUGCGCCUACCACCACCGCUGCUCCUCCUCCCCCUCCUCCUUCUUCCUCGGCUCCUCCUCCUCCUCCUCCUGCGCCUACCACAACCGCUGCACCUGCUCCUCCCUCCGUUGCCCCUGCUCCUGCCCCUGCUCCUACUUCUACUCCUGCUCCUGCCCCGGCUCCGGCUCCUCAGUCCUCUCCCGUCGUGGCCAAGCCCAGCGACAGCGCCGGUGGCAGCGGGACUGGCACGAACUCGGGCGACAUCACCUACUACGCCGUCGGCCUCGGUGCUUGCGGUGAGGACGAUAGUGGCAAGGACAAGACGGAGAACAUUGUCGCCCUCUCCAGCAAGCUCAUGGGUGCCCAGUCCAACGGCAACCCCAUGUGCGACAAGACCAUUACCAUCUUCGGCAACGGCAAGUCCGUCCAGGCCAAGGUUCGCGACAAGUGCCCCAGCUGCGAACCCGGCAGCAUUGAUGUCAGCGAGAAGGCCUUCCUCGAUCUCUUUGGUGACCUCGGCGUUGGCCGCACCAAGGUUACCUGGUCUUUCAACUAA